UCAUUUGACGCUCCACCCUCCAUACGCGAAGGGAUCGAUCGAUCCGCGGAAUCGGAUUUUUUUUUCUCGCGCUCUCUCGCCGUUUUCUCACGUUGCAUCUUCCUUCCUUCUGUUGUUCCGCGUAUUGUGCGCGCGGUUCGAUCGCGGUGCGUGAACGUCCUCUGAUCUCUUUCUUCUGAAGUUCGGGGGAUAUCUCAAUUGCGGACCUCGUCGAAAACGGACACAUCAAUCAAGGAUGCUCAACUCGAUGAUGCAGAAAGUUGAAUUUCUCUACAAGCCUUACGCGCUAGCUAUAGUGUCAAUCGGUUAUGUUCUUGCGGAACUUGGCCAUUUUUUGAUAGGCGCGACGAGCAAGGCGAUCGCCGAAGACCUGCACUACGGCGACAUCGCUUGCCAGUUCAAUUCGACGACGCUGUCGACGAUCGAUGUUCCGAUUAAAUGCGAAGAUGCGAAAAAUUCCACGGAUUGCCAGUCCUUGGAACUGAACGGAUCCUAUUACUGCGAGUGGAAUUACAACGGCCUCGGUCUGGACUAUCAAAUCUUGGCCGGACCCAGCUUUAUCGCGGUUUACACGGUCGUCGGUGUUCUGCUGGGCAUCGCGGCCGAUCGUUACAACAGAGUGAAGCUGCUGACGGUGUGCACUUUGGUGUUCAGCAUAGCAAUCAUUCUGAGCGGCGCGGUGACGGAAUACUGGCAGCUACUUAUUCUGCGAAUGAUCCACGCGGCAGGAGAGGCGGGAUGCAAUCCGCUGGCGACCGGUCUUCUGUCCGACUGGUUUCCGGAAGAACAACGGGGUCUUGUGAUGUCCAUUUUCAAUUGGGGCAUUUACGGCGGUUACGGCAUCGUUUUUCCGAUCGGUCGCUACGUGCCCGGUCUGAACAUUUGGAAUCUGGGUUGGAGAGCUUGUUAUUACGGAGCCGGCAUAAUCAGUUUAAUUAUCACCGUGCUUACCGGUUUGACGCUCACCGAACCAGAAAGAAAAGCUACAGGCGAGGAAGCGGCCGGCGACGGGAAGAAAGUAUCAGUUUGGAAAGUGCUACUGCAACCGCGCAUUGUUCUAUUGUGCGUCGCCGCCAGCAUCAGACAUUGCGGCGGUUUGUGUUUUGCUUACAAUUGCGAUCUGUACUACAGGGAGUAUUUUCCGGACACCGAUCUCGGCUGGUCGCUUUUCGCCGUCACAUUUGUUAUCGGCAGUAUCGGGGUUGUGGUUGGCGGAACAAUUAGCGACAAGAUUGUGGCAAAAAUGGGAAUUCGUUCGCGCGUAGCUUGUCUGGCGAUCAGCCAGCUGAUCGCGACACCAGGCGCAUUCGGUUCCGUUUACUUUGAUCCUCUCUGGGCCAUGAUCACGCUGGGAACGUCUUAUUUCUUCGCCGAAAUGUGGUUCGGAAUAGUGUUCGCCGUCGUCGUGGAGAUCGUUCCUCUGAAUCUGCGAUCGACCACCGUCGGCGUCUUCUUGUUCAUCAUGAAUAACAUCGGCGGCAACUUGCCGGUACUUGUCGAACCCACCAGAUUGGAGAUCGGUUUUCGCGAAUCGUUGUACAUUUACUACGCUGGUUUCUACGGCAUCAGUUCUAUUAUAUUCUUCCUGACGAUGUUCCUAAUGGACGGUCCUGCGGAGGUGGAGACGUCGAAUCAGCCGCCGGCUUACGACAAUAGCACAUUUACUAAUGACGAUGGCCAAUUGCCAACAUUCGUACUGUCGCAGUUUCCGGCGCAACCGCCGCUUUACGAACAUUCUCGAUUAUGAGACAGAAGAGAAACUAAUUUGUCCCGCGACGAGGAAGAGAUAGGUAGUUGAAAAUAAAAUUCGAGCUUGCGUUAUUCGCGAUACACACAAGUCCGAUGAUGACUUCGGAUCUGGCGUCAUUAACCCGUUUAAUGCCGUCUGAAAAUUGAUGAACAAAGAAAAUUGCGGUCGCACACCGCGAGAAUUGACGCAGCGAGAGAGAAUCAAACGGGUCUCUCUUUGUUUUUAAGGUGGUAGAACACAUCAUAUGUGAUAUAUAUCUGUUUUGCGACUAACGUUAAAUAGAUUAUUAAAGUUCCUCGCGCCCCGACGAGCCGUUGACUUGCAAAAUAACACGAGCGCUCACAGUUACACCGAGCUGCAAAAAUGAAAUUGAGAAAUUUUUUUUUGUUUGUUCGAUUGCACAACGCGCGUUUUGCAAAAAUGUUCUUUGCGUGCGUCCAACUACGUUGGAUUACGCAAGAUUCUUCACGAAAACGUUUGUAAAAAAUCUCCGUAAACUGUGUCGACCUGUUUGUUUGUUUUAUACGAAGGAAUCGAAGAAACACAAAGUGUUUAACAAAAAUAUCUACGAAAAACUUAA